UUAAUGUCAAACUUCAUACCAAAUUUCCGUAGCUUUAAGACAGUAUGGUAAAAAUAUCAAUAAUGAUCUAAAGAAAAUUCCGCGGCAAAUUCAUUUCAAGGGGUAAUUUAGCUAUAUGGGCGAGAAAAAUAAAUUACGAGUCAAGAAAAAGUGAUAAAUGGCUGCCAGACUCAGCCCCAGAAAUUCGGAAGUGAACGCAUUGGAACAGAGGGGUUAUUUGAUUGGCAAGAAAAUUGGUCAGGGUUCGUACGCAACCGUUCAUCUUGCUGACUAUGUCGAUAAUACGGGUCCGAAAAAAAUGCGACUCGCAUGCAAGAUUUUUGACAAAGAAAAGGCACCAAAGGAUUUCCUAGAAAAAUUUUUCCCGAGGGAACUGGAAAUACUCACAAAAAUUGAAAACCCGCACAUAAUCCAAGUACACAGUAUACUACAACGAGGGCCCAGAGUAUUUAUUUUCAUGAGAUAUGCUGACAAUGGAGAUCUACUAGACUUUAUCAAAAGAAACGGAGUCGUACCUGAACAGCAAGCCAAAAUCUGGUUUCGACAAAUGUCCAAUGGCUUACAUUAUCUACACGGAAAAAAUAUCGCUCACAGAGAUUUGAAAUGUGAAAAUAUUUUACUCAGCAGAAAAUUUAAUGUGAAACUAGCCGAUUUUGGAUUUGCUAGAUUUUGCGUGGACUCGGACAACCGUAGAAUCUUGAGUCAAACUUACUGUGGAUCAGCUGCCUAUGCUGCACCAGAAGUAGUCAAUGGUAAUCCCUACAAUCCCAAAUUAUCAGAUGUAUGGUCUUUGGGCAUAAUUCUUUUUAUAAUGCUGAAUGCUUCAAUGCCUUUUGACGAUUCCAAUUUAAGAAAACUGCUUAAAGACCAGAUGACAAAGAACUGGGUUUUCAGAUCCAGGGUCAGAGAUACCUUGUCCUCGAGCUCAAAAUCUUUGGUUCGUCAUUUGCUUGAGCCUGAUUUGACUUUAAGAUUAACAUUGGACAGAGUGAUGCAACAAGAUUGGUUGCGUAUAAGAAAAGAUCGCCCGUCUUCAUUGAUUGGUCGACUCGUACAUUCGGCUCCUCAUGGACAAGGACCUGGACAAUCUAUAGCCACUGGAGAAUACCGUACAGAAAACGACUCGAUCCCAGGUGAUUUCAAACAUCCCGCACUGAAAAAGAGCGCAAUGAUGAUCAAUAUUAAUGACACCGCUUCCUGAACAAGGUUUUUGGGGCUUUUUGAUGGAAUUUAUUUUUAAAUUUCCGAUGUGAUUUUACAACUCACAAUAAAAAUAUUUGAAAAAU